CCGCCGCCAUCGGGCCCCGCCCGGAGAUGCAGAGGGGGGUGCCCCCCGACGUGUCGUUCGAAGAGGUGGCCAUUUACUUCUCUCCCGAGGAGUGGGCAGAGCUCCUGCCCUGGCAGCGGGCGCUGUACCGAGAGGUCAUGGCUGACAACUACGACCUGGUGGCCAGUCUGGGCUCCGUGUCCAAGUUCACUGACAUGAAGGAGGAGUCACCCGGGGAGGUGCCCUGUGCUGGGGGGGACAGCAGAACUUCUGACACCUCCAGCACGGGUGAGUGACUGGGGACAUCCCGUGGGGACACCCUGGGCUGUCACUGUGCCGUGAGGGGCUGGCCGGGGCCAGAGCCCCUGUCUGACACUCCCCUGGACUGGG